AUGACAGCUGUUCCGGUGAAGAAGAAAGUGCAGGUUUCGUUUGUGAUUAGGGAUGAAAAAGAGCCGAUGCAUCGCUCAGGUGUGAAUUGCUUGCAGUAUGAUGCACAAACAGGUCGGCUAUUUUCCGGUGGUUCGGAUACUAUUAUACGAAUCUGGAAAUCACCUGAUCGUAAAGAGGAUAACUUUCGGUUAAUAAGCAAAGACGGAUCUUUUUGCGGUGAUAAUAGUUAUUUAAUCAAUGGAAGAACAAAAGUUCGCCGUGAUCUUUACUUACAAUCAAUGGAACAUCAUACUGACUGGGUAAACGACAUAAUCCUUUGCUGUGGCGGCCGGAAUCUAAUUUCGGCUUCAAGUGAUACAACAGUAAAAGUUUGGAAUGCUCAGAAAGGCUUCUGUAUGUCAACGCUGCGGACACAUCGGGAUUAUGUUCGUGCACUGGCGUAUGCCAGAGAUGUUGAAAUGGUUGCAAGCGGCGGGUUCGAUCAGCUUAUUUAUUUGUGGGAUAUUGCUACAUUAACAAAGCUCACUGCAUUAAACAACACUGUUACAACCUCUUCGUUGAGCGGUAACAAGGAUAGCAUUUAUUCACUUGCUACGAACGCUUCUGGAACAGUCAUUAUUUCUGGCUCAACAGAAAAAGUAUCUGUUCUUGUUCUUGCCCAUGUGCUUCGUGUAUUCGAUCCUCGUGCAUGUCAAAAAUUGAUGAAGCUUCGUGGUCACACCGAUAAUGUUAAGGCAGUCAUUGUAAAUCGCGAUGGCACACAGUGCUUAUCGGCCAGCAGUGAUGGUACCAUAAAGUUGUGGAGUAUUGGACAGCAAUGCUGCAUAUCAUCACUGAAAUGCCAUUCAGAGAGUGUUUGGGCAUUGGAAGCUGAUAGUAAUUUUUCAUAUGUAUAUUCUGGUGGGCGAGAUAAACAGGUCUUUCGCACAGCAAUUAACGAUUUCAAGACAGCACAGCUAAUGUUUAUUGAGGAUGCACCCAUACAGCGGCUGCAACUAACCGAUUCGGAAUCACGCUUCAUUUGGGCAGCUACUUGGAACUCGUCAAUUAAACGGUGGCCAUUGCUAAAUAAUGCUCAAAUUCCAAUUGGGAUGAAAAGUGAUCAAUAUGGUGAAAUGGUUCCAUGUAUUCAUGAACCAGAUGUCACCAUUCCAGGUGCUGCAAGUAUUAGGCAGCAUGUUGUUUUAAAUGAUAAAAGACAUAUUGUUACAAAAGAUACUGACGACAAUGUGGCAAUGUGGGAUGUCUUAAAAGGAAGAAAGAUAUGUGAUCACGGAAAGAGACCGAUGGAGGAAGUAAUCAAGGAUCAUUUCAAGAAAGUAUUUGUACCUUCAUGGUUUACGGUUGAUUUGAAGAGUGGUAUGUUACAAAUUACACUGGAUGAAUCAGACUUCUUUUCUGCUUGGGUGUCGGCAAAAGAUGCUGGAUUUCCAAACAGUCAAAAUGAUACUAAAAUCAAUUACGGUGGAAUGUUGCUUCGGGCGCUGUUUGAACACUGGUCACGAUCUUUUUCCGAUGUUGAUGAAGAAUCUCCAACUCAUCGAUUCAAUUCCGUACCUGGUCAUACUCCACUUAUUUUAUGUGAAUCAACUGGUCGACCUAUAUUUCGGCUGAUGAUACGUGAUGCUGCACAUGAAACUGAAUCACAAAUGCUUUCUGACUUUGUUCCGCCUUGGGUGUUAGAUGUUGUUGAACGAAAUCAACUUCCAAAAUUUAACAAAAUGCCAUUCUUUCUGCUUCCACAUCCAUCGCUUGGAAUCAAGGCAACAAAGAAGGAUCGAUUAAGCGCGACAGAAAUGCUUCAAGUGAGAAAAGUGAUGGAACAUGUUUAUGAGAAAGUAUUGAAUGUAAACGAUGCAAAUUACUCAGAGAAUGGUAUUCCACCUGCUGCGCAAAUCUUGCCAUCCUCUCUACAGGCAAAUAUUGAAGAAAGGAUUGAACUUUAUUGCCAAGAUCAAAAAUUGGAUCCAGAAAUGGAUCUUCGAACUGUCAAGCAUUUUAUCUGGAAGCAAGGUGGCGAUCUCAUGUUGUAUUAUAAACCUAUACGAUAA